AUGGCCGAACACACAGAGGAAACGAAUUUGCUGCAGCCGACGAGCAGGUUUCAGCUGCUGAAGGACAUUCUCGGUCUCUACCCGGCCAUUGAUGGCGAGAAGCACAAGUCAACUCUGGGCACUGCGGGCUGGCUGCGAGCCGGCGUGCUGGGGGCCAACGACGCCAUCGUCUCCGUCGCCGCCUCGAACUCGCAGGGCCAGGUCCUGAUCGCGGCCCUCGCCGCCCUCUUCGCCGGCGCGCUCUCGAUGGCCGUCGGCGAAUACGUCUCCGUCGCCUCCCAGAAGGACAUGGAGGACGCCGAUCUCGAAAAGGAGCGGUGGGAGCUGGAGAACAAUCCCGAGGGCGAGCUGGAGGAGCUGAGCCUGCUCUAUCAGGAGCGCGGCGUCGAUCCGGUCACCGCCACCGAAGUCGCCCGUCAGCUGAUGGCCAAGGACGCCCUCCAGGCCCACGCCAUCGAAGAACUCGGCAUCCGCGACUUCUCUCAGGCACGUCCGUUCGCGGCGGGUAUGGUGUCGUUCGCGAUGUUCAUUACCUUCGGCUGCAUUCCGCUGCUGGUCGGCGCUUGGAUUCCCUACCGCUGGUACGCCAUCGGCGCCAUCACCGGCGUCUCGCUCAUCCUCCUCGCCAUCUCCGGUGCUGUCGGUGCGUUCUUUGGUGGCGCGAACAUGCUGUUGGGCGCGUUCCGAGUGACGUACGGCGGUGCGCUGGCGAUGGCCAUCACCAUCGGCGUGGGAUUCCUCAGCGAGACCCUCAACAUCAGCGACAUGAGCUACCGCGACGAGUGA